CACGGGAAAACCCACAUCACAUAAUUUGUGUAAACGCUUGAAAGUGUCAAACAAUUUUUCAAUGAGCGCUUUAUCUAUUCAGAGCAAAAAUCAUCAUGGCUGACGUGGACUUUCACGAACAAUCAGAUCUGAAUGAUGUUUCACUGGAAGGGGACAUUACUGCUCCUGGUCUGAAAACUGAAGAUGAUGAGUUUUCUACCCUGGAUGAACCUGUCAAGGAUACUGUGAUGAGAGAUCUGAGAGCUGUAGGUGUGAAGUUCUGGCAUGUACUCUAUCCUAAAACAAGCACCGCAUUACUUAGAGAGUGGGAUCUCUGGGGACCACUGAUAUUGUGUGUAUUCAUGGCAAUGAUGCUGCAGGGCUCGUCUGAUGAUCUGGAUAAGAUGAGUGAUGGGGGACCACAGUUUGCCGAGGUGUUUGUGAUAUAUUGGGUAGGAGCUGUGGUUGUGACGCUCAACACAAAGUUACUUGGAGGAAACAUCUCAUUUUUCCAGAGUGUAUGUGUGCUAGGGUACUGUGUAUGUCCACUGGCUAUUGCUCUGAUCAUCUGUAGAGGUAUACUGAUUGCUGAUGAACAAACUACCAUGCUUUUCAUCAUCAGAUUUGUUACUGUUGUUGUGGGUUUUGGAUGGUCAACAUUUGCAUCCACAGCAUUCCUAGCAGAGAGUCAACCACCAAACAGAAAAGCACUUGCCAUGUUUCCAAUAUUCCUCUUCUACUUCGUGAUCAGCUGGCUGAUCAUUUCACAUACCCACUCAUAGUGUAGAUGUACAGUUAAGAACUGUUUAUAAAAUGGGAAAUUUAUUGGCCUUGGAAUAGGCCAUGAGGGAUAUUACAGGUUUAUAAAGAUACAGAUGAAGUGUGGAAGUGGUUAUUUUCUAGCCAGCAUGGUUCAAAUGGAGGGAAAUGGACUGAAGUGCACUAAUACACCAGAGGUCUGGUUAUGAAUUUAAAACACUCCUUCUUUGAAACAUGUUCAAGCUUUUUGACAUGCAGAAAGAACCAUACUGCAGAUGCCAGUUACUGCAUGGAAAGAGAGGCAGUUGGUUUGUACCAUGUUAGGUUCAAAGUUAGUUUUAAUCUAAUCUUAGGACACUCUGGCAUAAAUACUCACCUGUUACUGUGUACUGAUUUUCAGGUGUUAUGUGAAAGUCUCUUGCAAUCUGCGGCGUGCAUUUGUGACCUUUCAUGUUUAUUUGAGUUAAAAAAAAGUCAACAUUUAUACUUUAGGUCAGCCUAUGUACAAGUAAAUUAUUGUAUACAUGAAGUUGAUUUAUGAAGUUAGGCCAAGACUAGCAGUAGAACUGUAUUAAACUGAUCAUGUUUUUGAUUUAAAUCUACAAAACUUAAUAAUUUGGGUACAGAUUUAUUUUGUUGAUUAAACAGAAAUUGAAAAAUGCUUUUACAUAAGAUUACAAUUGUUAUUCAAGAAAACUUUCCUAGAAAACCACAAGAUGGGCAACAAUUGUUGAUGUAAUAUGUUUACUGUUACAUGAAGACAAGACUACUUAUCAAGUGUUAAUCUUUGGUCAAGGCAACAGUUUUCCAUGAAGUCUUAAGAGUAAUUUGAGCCGUGCCAUGGGAAAACCAACAUAGUGGGUGUGCGACCAGCAUGGAUCCAGACCAGCCUGUGCAUCCGCGCAGUCUGGUCAGGAUCCAUGCUGUUCGCUAACAGUUUCUCCAAUUCCAAUAGGCUUUAAAAGCGAACAGCAUGGAGCCUGACCAGACUGCGCGGAUGCGCAGGCUGGUCUGGAUCCAUGCUGGUCGCACACCCACUAUGUUGGUUUUCCCAUGGCACGGCUCAUUUGUUUUCAAGAAGAUGAUUUCAGCGUUCUACUCCUUGUUGAGCUGGCAAAAUAAUUCACAAGAAAGAAUGAUAAAAUUCUCUUACUGGACAUGGCUCUCUAGGAAAGUUUAGAUAAGUAUUAUAUAUCUGAAAAAUGUUGGACAUGUAUACAGUUAUGUGCUAUAUUUUAUUUGUAACACAAUUUUCCCCAAAGAAUUGCAUGCAUUUUCAACUUGUAAAACAAAUGUAUCUCAGAAUAUUGUAAUAUUUUUUGAUGAAAUAGAUAACUGUUAAUUACAAAAUCAUACUGCUGCAAAAUAACAUAAACUGUAGCUUGUAAGCUUAUGAAAUUAAAGUACAAAUGUAUUUUUUAAUUAGCUGUUAUUGAUGUCGGUGGAAUGUCAAAAAUUUCCAGUUUUGUAUGACCUUCACAGCCAUACAAACCUGCAUCAUUUUAACGGUUUGGCACCAUAUAUCCUGCACUGAUUUGACCGGCCAUAAAACCCAAAUAAAAAAAAAUGACAGAAAAUUAUCCUUACUGAAAUAUAUAAUUGGGACAAUGUUUUAUACAUCUUAAUAUGUGACUUUUGAAUGCUAGUAAAAUGAGCGAUAUAUAGUAUUGUUAACAAAAACGUGAGAAAUAUGGGAAACUGAUUUGUAAGCUUGGCAUGUAACUAUAGUUUUCUUUGUGGUUUUAUGAAGCUUUUGACAGAAGUAAAUUUUGUUUUAAAACAUAAUUUUAUAAUGAAAAGGUGGUGGAUGUAAGAAAAAUCAUUUUAAAUGACCUAAUUCUCACAUAUUUCUUGCCAGAAAUUCCUACUUUUCUCUAGUAUCUGAAAACCUUUGAUUCAGCUUCUUCCUCUUUGAUCAGUUGAAAACUGCCUGUAGAUUUUUGAGCAAAGACAAGCUUUGUUAUUACUGGUUUUUUAUUUGUGAUGUAUGCUGUGAAAUAAUGUCAGAAUGAAUCUAGAUUAGAAUUUUGAUUUAAGGCUUUUCCUUUUGACUCUUUAUUUCUUUGUUUUGCUUUAAUAUUUGUUUUUAAGAUUAUAAUUUGACAAAUUUACUGUGAUAUAUUUAUGCUAUAAAUAAAUUGAUGGAAAUCCA